AUGGGGGAGAUAUUAGAAGGUUUCUGGAUAAUUAUUUAAUAUGCUGAAUCAUUUUAAAUUCUGAUGAAAUUAGAGUUGAUGAUAAUUAAUUAAGGAAUAGAUUUGUUAGAAAUAAGAAUCUCGCUCGUCUACUCUAUGGCAUAAAAAAAAUCUAGGACAUACAGCUAAUAGACAUCUAAGUUAAAUUUUUAAGAAAUAAUCAAUAAUUGGCUACCCAGAAAAGUUUUCUAAAGAUGUCUAAUUAAAAUGGUAUGGGCUAAUCCUAAUGUUUGA